GUGAGAGCAUUAAAAUUCGUCGGGACAAACAAAAAUAUGGUGAAAGAGAGGCUCAACGAGUUACCAGAUGAACUGAUCGUGACGAUACUCUCAAAGCUUCCGACGUUUAAAGAAAGCGUUGCAACACGUCUCAUAUCAAGACGGUACGAGGAUCCUUGGAACCUUGCGCAGGACGUCACGCUUGAAGAUAACGAUGAGGAGAGUGUCAUGACGUUUCUCUAUGGAUAUUUUUUGUCUAACGAUGCUCCAGCUCUACAGAGGUUGCGUCUCAAGCUUACCCGGAAACAUUCGGCUUCAGACAUCGACUUUUGGGUUCAAACCGCGGUUAACCGAAACGUGAGAAAGCUGAGAUUCGACUUGUCUGGUGGAACCCUAGAACUGCCGAGUUGCUUGAGCACAUGCACAACCCUAAAAUCGUUGAUACUACGUGACGUACUUAUCGAGGCUGUUCCUUGGGGUUUUCGUUUGCCAUCUCUCAGAAGUCUACACCUUUUCUCGGUUAACUUCUCGAUUGGUGAUUCCGUUGCAAAUCUUUUAAAAAUCUGCCCCCAUCUUGAAUAUUUGGUUUUAAACCAAAUCAGAUAUGAUGUGGACCAUGUGGAUACUGAGUUUGCUCCACUUCGGUUCUUCUUAUCAUCACUCAAAAGUCUUCACCUUUGCCCGGUUAUAUUCUCCGGCAAAAAUCCCGUUACACGUUUUUUACGUAGCUGUCCGGUUCUUGAAACUUUGGUUAUAAACGAAAUCAAAUGUGCCUACGAGAUGUUCGAGGUUGUUUUUCCACCAAGAUCUUGUCUGUCAUCAUCACUCAAAACCCUACACCUUUUUUCGGUUAACUUCUCGAGUGAUGAAUCUGUUGUAAAGCUUUUAGAAAAUUGUAAGGCUCUUGAAGACUUGGUCAUAACCCGAACCAGAGAUGACAAUGUGUGGUUAUUCAAUAUCACCGUGCCUACUCUCAAGAGCUUAUCUAUUAAUAACGCGAAGGUGAAACGCGCCGAUGCUCCUGGGUUUGUUAUAAAUGCUCCUAAUUUGGAGAGAUUGAGCAUUAAGGAUACCGUCAGUAACUUUCUAAUGUUUGGAUAUAUGCCCGAGGUGACCACGGCAAAUAUUGAGGCUGUUUGUGACCAAUCUGAAAAUUUUAUAGGGUCUCUUACCUUCAUCCAACAUCUGUCUCUCUGUUCUCCAACGUCAAAGACUCCAUAUACUAGCGGCACUGUCUUCUUCUUCCUCGAACAUCUAGAGCUAUGUACGUGUUCUGCUAGAUGGGCGAAACUACUUGGCUCUAUACUCAAUGACGCUCCAAGACUUCAGUCUAUCAAGCUUAAGUCGAAAUGUAGCGCUCCUUUCAAGCGUCCGUUGGAACUCUGGACCGAACCAACAGUUGUUCCAGAAUGUUUACUGAAGCAUCUUGAGAUCUUGGAAUGGAGAGAAUAUGAUGGCACAGAGCAAGAGAGGAAAGUGGCUGCGUACAUACUAGGAAACGCUACUUGUCUAAAGAUGGCUACAUUCUCGACAAGGUGCGGAGACAAAUGUACAGAGUUGAAGAAAAUGUCCAGAGUUUCAGAGAUAUGUCAGUUAGUGUUUGAGUAAGCUCUUAGAUUAGAGUGUGUCUCUAGAAAA